ACUCGGUGAUACCUUGUUUUUUCUAGUUAAAUUCCUAAAAAAUACUCCAUAUAAAGCUCCUCUGCGUUGUCCUCAGAUGCACGCCAUUUUUGAGCUUUCAGCUUCAUCUCGUGUCUUCUUCUUAACCACUGUCCCCACCGGCAUUGCUACUUUAGCCUUUAGUAGCGGCGGCCGCGCUAAAAGCAUUCGAGGUACUCUCUCUCGCUCUAGAGACACCUUUAUGUAUGUAUGUAUGUAUGUCACGUAGCUUCGUGAGGUGUGCCAGUCCCUGCGCGCCGUUGGAUUUGAAAAUUUCACGACUCAUCGAUUGCUCCGUUAAGCUGAUGGAUUUCGUUUCAAUUAGUCCACUGCCAAGUGGACUAACGGGGUUCGUGAUACAUCAUAUAUUGCUACUGUAAUACAAUCUUCUUCCGAAGCUAAUUGGCUGAGAUCUCAAAAGGGUGAAAGGCUGCACAAUAGAGGUGAGUCCUAGACAACUCGAAUAUCAUGUGUGAACAAUCACGAAGAUGAAGUUCGGGAAGGAUUUUAAGAAACAGCAGGUGCCAGAGUGGAUAGAAGCCUAUGUGGACUAUAAUGGACUCAAAAGGAUAUUACAAGACAUUUGCCAUAUAAAAAAACUCAAGCAGCCUCCAACUCCAGUACAGCAGAAGCUUCCAUUCUACAGGGCCUUAGGCGGUCUAAACCAGGAAAGUAGUGCUGAGAAUAGUGGAGAUGUUGAGGAUCAAGUUAUAUCUGUAGAUACCGUUCAAGAAGAAAACUCCAUAGAGUUGUACUUUUCCAAGUAUCUGAAGUCUGCUGAAGGAGGAGGCCAGAACGAGAUUACAUUUUUUAAGAAACUUGACAGUGAGCUUAACAAGGUCAAUGCCUUUUACAGGAAAAAGGUUGAAGAAGUGAAAAAUGAAGCAGCACUGCUGAACCAACAAAUGGAUGCUUUGCUUGCGUUGCGGAUCAAGGUGAUGAAUCCAGAUUUUGAUGCAUCUGCUUCUCUACAGCGGCUUUCUGUAGAUAUUAACAAUUCAAUCCCCUCAAGAGUUAGUUCCAGAACCCGAGCUACCAAUUUGGAUACAGAGCAUAUAGCUUUGGCCCCAAGGGUGGAUCAUAGUCCAGAAAGGUUGUCCACUAAUCAUGCUGAGUACAGUUCUGCUUUAGCAAGGAACACAGAUUUAGACAAUAAAGAAACAGAUCCCAUGGAAAUCCUUGAUCAUGUAAAGAUUGUGAAUACAUGCGAAAGUCCCAUGUCUACAAUACGAGGGGUUCUGAGAGAUUCCAAAGAAAACAAUUUGAGGUUCAAGAAAGAGGAACUAAAGAAGGUUGAUCUAAGGUUGAAAAUGGCCUUUAUUGAGUUCUAUCGAAAGCUCCGCCUCGUAAAGAACUUCAGCUAUACGAACCUGUCAGCCUUCUCCAAGAUCCUGAAGAAGUAUGAAAAGAUUACAUCAAGAAGAGCUGCACGGUCAUACAUGAGAAUGGUGGAGAACUCUUAUCUCGGAAGCUCUGAUGAGGUUUGUGGUCUACUAGAUAGCGCCGAGUCUACUUUUAUCAAACAUUUUUCGAAUUCUAACAGAAGAAAGGGCAUGAAAAAGUUGAGGCCAAUGCCAAAACCCGAAAAGCAUCGUGUGACAUUUUUUUCAGGUUUCUUUUCUGGAUGCUCAAUUGCUUUAUUGGUUGCUGUCACUCUGCUAAGAGAUACUAGAAAGUUGAUGGAGGGUGAUUCCUCUUAUCUGGACAACAUAUUUCCACUUUAUAGUUUCUAUGCAUAUAUUGUGCUGCAUAUGCUUCUAUAUGCUGCAAACUUAUAUUUCUGGAGGCGCUACAAAAUCAACUAUGCUUUUAUAUUUGGUUUCAAGCCAGGGACAGAAUUGAGCUAUCGGGAAGUCUUUCUCCUUAGCAACGGUCUAGCUAUGCUUGUCCUUGGCACCUUUUUGGCUCAUGUGCACAUGAACAUUGAAUCACGAAGUGAAAAAUAUAACAGAUAUCUUGAGUUUAUCCCGUUAGGAUUGGUCGUUGUUCUUUUUAUACUACUGUUCUGUCCCUUCAACAUUAUCUAUCGAUCAAGUCGUUUCUUCCUCAUUAGAACUGUUUGUCAUUGUGUCUGUGCUCCUCUCUACAAAGUCACUCUUCCAGACUUCUUUCUGGCAGACCAAUUGACAAGCCAGGUAGAAGCUAUAAGGACUUUGGAGUACUAUGUCUGCUACUAUGGAUGGCACAAUCCCAAAGAGAGACAAAACAAAUGUCAUGGUCACGACAUGUAUGAUGUGUUUUAUUUCAUCCUUGCAUUUUUCCCGUACUGGUUUCGGUUCCUCCAGUGUAUUCGCCGGCUGUUUGAAGAGAAUGACAUUGCACAUUUGUAUAAUGGGUUAAGGUACUUCUUGACAAUUGUGGCAGUAGCUGUUAGAACGGCUUUUGAACUGAAAGGGAGCUUAAGCUGGAAAGUCUUGGCUAUACUAAUGUCUGUUCUAGCAACCAUAUUGAACACAUAUUGGGAUAUCGUUGUAGACUGGGGUCUCCUGCGAAGGAAAUCAAGAAAUGUUUUUCUACGAAAUAAACUCGUUGUUUCUCAUGCAAGUGUUUAUUUUACAGCUAUGGUCUUGGAUGUUGCGCUUAGAUUUGCAUGGCUCCAGGUCGUGCUAAAAUUUAAUGUGGCUUCUUUGCGCGGGAAUAGAAUAUCAAGCAUAUUUUCCUGCCUGGAAAUUCUUCGUCGUGGCAUGUGGAACUUUUUCAGGUUGGAGAAUGAGCACCUAAACAAUGUUGGGAAGUAUCGCGCUUUCAAGUCUGUGCCUCUUCCCUUUAGUUACCAUGAUGAGGAUGGAGAUAAGGAUGAAUAGUUUGUU